AUGAACGGUGAAUUACAGCUGAAGCAAUCGGCUGAUCGGAACCCUAGCGACUCCGAUCCUCUGUUAGACAACCACCAUGUUGACUCACAAUCGUCAUCGUCAUCAGCGAGUUCAAGUGAGAUAAAAAAUGAGGAUAUCGAAGCUGGUUCCGUUGCUUUCUGCCGAAUUUGCCUCGAGUGCGAUGGCGAAGAUGGUAAUAAGAAAUGUGUUUGAUUAAAUUUGGACAAAUUUGAUUGCGCGCUAUUAAUUAUGGAAGGAAUUUAAAUUUUUAGGCUUUAAGCUGUGAUAGUAUUUUAUGUGAAAAUGAUAAGAUCAUUUUGUGUAGUUUGGAGAAUUUUAAAUUGCUUAAUAAUGGUGUUUUGUGGUCGUCAAAUGCUACGAUGAUUUUUGUAUGCUGAUAUACAUAUUAAUGGUUUAUGGUUUGAUAUAUUAGACGUUUAAGUUUUAGACUUUGAUGGUGUAAACAUCUGAGAAGCGUGAGCUGGAAGAGCUGAUGAGCUCUUUAUGUGGUGUAUUGGGUGUCUACGGUGAUAUAAAAGAAAAGAAAAUGCACAGAGAAGUAAGUGGUUCACAAUUCACAUAGCUGAAGAACUAGGUUAGCCUCUUACUCAUUGGCUGUGUAUUGUUUGAGGGAGAAGAAUGAGGAUAGUGUUUUGAGAUAUUGUUUUGCUUGUCAGGAAAUCUUUAGGAUACUCAUUGGAUGUUAUAGGCUCUCCCUCCUAGGCGUGACGUUGCAUUCUAGAAGCAGUGAUGUCGCAUUCUAUAAAUUGCGACUUCUUGUCCAAGGU